UAAAAAAUUAGUCUAAGUUAGUGUGAAAAAAGAUUCCAAUGAAUACAUCUGACAAGGUUUUAUUAGCUUACUCGGGUGGGCUGGAUACAAGUUGUAUUCUCAAAUGGCUGCAGGAAAAAGGGUUUCAAGUUAUCUGCUUUAUGGCAGAUGUUGGACAGGAAGAAGAUUUUAACGCAGCAAAAGAGAAAGCUUUUAAGUGUGGAGCUAAAGAUGUAAUUAUUAAAGAUGUUAAAGCUGAUUUCGUAGAGAAUUACAUUUGGCCAUCAAUUCAAAUGGGACUGAUUUAUGAAGAACGUUAUUUAUUGGGUACAUCAUUGGCAAGGCCAUGUAUUUCAGUGGCUCUGGUCGAAGCUGCCAAGUCAAUAGGAGCAAAAUAUAUUGCUCAUGGUGCAACUGGCAAAGGCAAUGACCAAGUCAGGUUUGAAAUGUGCGCUUAUGCCUUGUUUCCAGAAGUAAAAAUAAUUGCUCCAUGGAGAGAUGAUGAAUUCUGUAAGCGUUUCCAGGGGAGAUUAGAUUUGAUUAAGUAUGCGGAACAGAAUGGUAUACCAGUGAGUGCAAAGCCCAGUGCACCAUGGAGCACGGACGCAAAUAUCUUGCAUAUUAGUUAUGAAUCAGGAAUUUUGGAAGAUCCAUACCAAAUAGCUCCCGAUGACCUUUACGAAAUGACUAAAGACCCAAAAUUGGCACCAUCGAAACCUUAUCGGUUGAAAAUUCAUUUCAAAAAUGGUCUUCCUGUUAGUGCAGAUGAUACGCAAACUGGAAAAUCGUACAAAAAGCCAUUGGAAAUUUUGAAAUUCCUUAAUGAAAUCGGCGGAACGUAUGGUAUUGGACGCAUCGAUAUUGUGGAGAAUAGAUUUGUUGGCUUGAAGUCACGAGGAGUAUAUGAAACUCCUGGCGGUACAAUUCUUUAUACAGCACACCAAGAUUUGGAGGUGUUUUGUUUGGACAGAGAAGUUUACCGAACCAAGACACACCUGAGAGACUCUAUGGCUGUCUAUGUAUAUAAUGGAUUUUGGUUUAGUCCUGAAGCCGUUUAUACAAGAAAAUGCCUUGAAUUAUCUCAAGAACAUGUUAAUGGAGAGGUUAUAAUGGAACUUUUGCCAGGUUAUUGCAAGCCAUUGGCUCGAAAGUCAUCAAAGGAGCUUUAUAAUCAAGAAUUGGUUUCGAUGGAUGUUCAUGGAGGUUAUGUGCCAGCAGAUGCAACUGGAUUUAUACGAAUUAAUUCGGUUAGAUCAACAGAAUAUGCAAGAGCAUAUGGAAAAUAUAAAAUGUAAAUUUCAAUCAGAUUUGUCAAAUAAAUUUUUAAAUCUAAAA